AUGAACUCAAUGGCUCCAACUUACGACUUCCACCCCAUCAGCCCGACCGCCCUAGAGCCCAACUCCAUGUUCACAGACCACGACGUGACCUCGCACAUGCAUGGCAAUUCAGGCAACAUGUGGAGUGGCCUACCACAGCCGGCAUUGGAUGGCGGUCUGGAAAAACUCCUCAACAAUUAUAGCACAACAACAGAGCGAUACGGCCAAGUAACGCCACCAGAUGAUGCGAACAUGCACGAGAUGACAAAGUCAUUCGGCAAGAGAGCUGACUCUGGAGCUUCUGGCAUGGAGGUUUAUGACACCUCGAGUAUGUCACCUCGCAGUUCCAUGUCAAACAAGCGACCUUCAGUAAGGUCAUCCCAAAAGAGCCGCAAAGAGAGUCGAGCAUCAGAAGAUGGUUUGGCCGGCGACAAGAAAGACAAAUACCGAGAGAAGAAUCGCGUCGCUGCGGCCAAGUGUCGUGCAAAGAAGAAGGAACACACCGACCAGCUUGAAGACACAUACCGUACCCAGAGCGCAAUGAACAGCGCGCUGAAGCAGACCGAGAAGUCUCUGCGUGAUGAGUUGUCUUACUGGCGUACGCAAGCAUUGCAGCACACAUUCUGCAAUUGCCACCCCAUCCAAGAAUACAACAUGAGGAAAGCUCAAAGCAUGGCCUUUGGUGGCAACUACGGCACAACGUCUUCCCCUGUCGUAGCAGAUGCUCGUUCAGCUUCUUUCAGUCACAACCAUGUUCGGUCGUCUUCGGCUGCCGGCAUGGUCUCUCCCGUGAUGAGCGAAGGCAACGGCAAGACACCUUCAGUGGCCUCUUUGUCGGAAGUGACUAGGCAAUAG